AAAAGAAGGCUCAGAUCUAGUGCAUAACGCUGAGAAAGAUGGCAAGAAAGACCGUGCAUCAGUGGACAAGGUUUUCUUCCUCCGAAUCCUGCAGAUUUUGCGCAUCAUGGUUCCUCGAUUUUUCUGCAUGGAGACUGGGUACCUGAUCUUUAUUGCCAGCAUGUUGGUGGCCAGGACCUACUGUGACGUGUGGAUGAUCCAGAACGGUACCAUGAUUGAAAGCCUCUGUUGGAUAUUGGUCUAUACAUCUUCAAGCUGACAAGUGCCAUUGGUGCUCAGGGCCCAGGCAUCAUGAUGGCCUACCUGCUGAUCUCAGGUCUGUUCCUGACCAGACUAAGGAGGCCCAUAGGCAAGAUGACAGUCACCGAGCAGCGCUACGAGGGGGAGUACCGCUAUGUCAACUCUCGCCUCAUCACCAACAGUGAGGAGAUUGCCUUCUACAAUGGGAACAUGAGAGAAAAACAGACCAUUCAUGCCACAUUCAAAAAACUGGUGGACCACUUGCAUAACUUCAUAUUCUUUCGCUUCUCCAUGGGAUUUGUGGACAGCAUAAUUGCCAAGUAUGUGGCCACUGUGGUUGGCUACCUGGUGGUUAGCCGGCCAUUCCUAAACCUGACAGAUCCGCGACACCUGCACAGCUCACACUCUGAGCUGCUGGAGGACUAUUACCAGAGUGGGAGAAUGCUCCUGAGAAUGUCCCAGGCCCUGGGCAGGAUUGUACUGGCUGGCCGAGAGAUGACCCGCCUUGCAGGAUUCACAGCUCGUAUCACUGAACUCAUAAAAGUCCUGAAGGAGCUGAAUGCUGGAAAAUAUGAACGCACCAUGGUCUCUCAGCAUGAGAAGGAAUCAGACACUGCAGAGAAACUCGUACUAGUGCCUGGAAGUGGUCAAAUCAUCAAAAAAGAUAACAUCAUUAAAUUCGAGCAUACCCCACUAGCAACACCUAAUGGAGACAUCUUGAUCAGAGACCUCACAUUUGAGGUGAGGUCUGGUACCAACGUUCUUGUGUGUGGACCAAACGGCUGUGGAAAGAGCUCUCUGUUCAGAGCGCUUGGAGAGCUGUGGCCUCUGUUUGGUGGACACCUAACAAAACCUGAGAGAGGGAAACUCUUCUACGUUCCACAGAGACCCUACAUGACUCUGGGUUCGCUGAGGGACCAGGUCAUUUACCCUGACACCUACGACGAACAGAGGAGGAAAGGCAUCUCUGAUCAGGUCUUAAAGGAAUACUUGGACAAUGUUCAACUGGGUCACAUCCUAGACAGGGAGGGCAGCUGGGACUCAGUCCAGGACUGGAUGGACGUGCUCAGUGGAGGAGAGAAGCAAAGGAUGGCUAUGGCCAGACUGUUCUAUCACAAGCCCCAGUUUGCCAUUCUGGACGAGUGCACCAGUGCAGUGAGUGUCGAUGUGGAGGAUUACAUCUACAGCCACUGCAAGACGGUGGGCAUCACCUUGUUCACAGUGUCCCACAGAAAAUCUCUGUGGAAGCACCACAAGUAUUAUCUCCACAUGGACGGGAGAGGAAACUACGAGUUCAAGCCCAUCACAGAGGAAACUGUGGAGUUUGGCUCAUAACUCAGUGCUGGCGUUAGCCACAAAUGCACAGCUCUGAUACAAACCAGUCCAUUAAUUCUUUGCACUCAAGACAGAAGUCAUAGCUAAAACUAGAAAAUAAUGUUUUUAAUCAUUUGUAACUCUCUACCUUGUUUUCUUUGUUUCCUGUUAUUUAAAGCAGCACGCGUCUAAUCAUUAACCUGUUCAGUCUGAUUAUAAGAAAAACUUGGAAUUUAUAUUGCCAACUUCUAGGUUGGGUUUUACACUUUGGAGAGAGGUUUGAGUGAAGGUGGAAGUAUACUGUACAGUUUUAAUAUUCUGCAAUCAUAGCUCAUUGACAGAGGUUAGCCUGUAAAGAAAAACUAGAUACCACAGUGGUCUUUAAAGUGUCAUUUCCCACAGUAAACUUUGUCCUGCACAGAAUAAUACUAAAAUAUCCAUGUAGUGGCUGCCUUGUAGGUUCUCAUUGAAGUUAAACUCUCCACAGCUCGCAGAUGCUGACAGCAGCCAAGGCUGAUUGAUAUCUUAAAAUAACAAUAGUAAUACAGUAAAACGGUAGGCUUUGUUACUAAAAGAAACUCUUAAUUAUCUUGUCACCUCAAGGUAUUAAGUUAAUAUCCAGUCCCUUCAGGAUUUCGCAGGCUUUUAUGGGAUUGUUGAAGCCUAAAAUGCCUGAUUUCACUGAAACUUUCCAAAAAAUUGUGAUUCAUGUUGCAGGAGACAAGUGAAAAUUAUAUAAUUCCUUUAAAAGGCAACAGAAUGGAAACACACACAGAUUUUCAUGCCAGCAGACAAGCUUGGCUCUGUCAUUUUGUGAUUUAAACAUUGCUGCACUAAAGUUACCACUAACGUCUUUAUUUUCUGGGUGUUUUUUAUGGUAGAAAGGUGUUUUUCAAUCAAUGACUAUAUAUAUAUCUAUAUAUAGAUAUAUAGAUAUAUAUAUCUAUAUAUAAGAGACGUUCUUGUUGCACGUUUGCAUCUUCACAGGUGGAAACAAGGAAUUGAGUUUGGUGACGUAUGGCAGUUUGCGCAGGGGACUGCUAUGAUUGGUGAUACUCAUGGGAAACUAUAAUGUUUGGUCAGAUUUGCAGAAAAGUUGCAGUGACAAAAUUUCAAAGUAGCGCAGCACCGAUGAUUACAACAUAAUUAUCUAAAUUAUAUCUAAAACAUGUAGACCUACUUGCUUCUUCUUCUUCUGUGAUCACAGCCCCUCUGUAGUUGCAGGAGAAACAGUGCUCACUGGAACGGAAUUAACUUUUUUAGAGCCAGCUGGUUGAUAUGAAGGUAAUGAAGUGCUUACAAUGCAACAGCUGUCCUAAUCCAUAAUCAUCGUACCUACAUAUCACAGGAACAUAUCAGUCACUCAGACAUUCACAAGUGUGUUGAAAUAAUGACAAAAACACGACUUGCAUCCUAUGUGUUACAACAGUGCAGGUGUAGGGACACUGACUGUUGCUAGGCAGACCUCUGCCACUACUGCCAGCACUCAGCUUCAGUAAUUCUGUAUUUUGAACAUUCCUGAUGUAACACAUUUAACAAUUGCCUAAAAUGUUUGUGUGAUUUGAAGUACGACAGUCCUGCAUUUGGCGUAGCUGCAAGGGUGCUGUGGACUUGAGGCCAAGUCACACCAGCAUUGAAAUAGUUUUAGACAUUUUGAAAUAAAAACAGUUAAUUUCAAUAAUGUCAUCUGCGAUCAGAGGAUUCUCCCAGAGGGCAAAUUUUGCAUAGUUCAACUUAAUACAUUUUAAGAUACAUUUUGUGAAUUGGCACCAUUGGGACACACUGAUUAUAUAUUGGCUGAACAUUGGUACCUGGUAUAGUAUAGAAAUAGACCUGAGCCGCAACAAGGCAGAGAUGCUUAUCUUUGUUAUUUUUUUUCUAUUUCCCUGGCACAAAACUGAGAAUGAAUAACUACAAAAACAUUGGUAUUCCCAACCGGUGCAUCCCUACUAUUGUGGAAGUGCUGACUUUUGUGGGAACCAAAUGGCAGAGUGUACGCAAAAGUAGGAAGCUAUCAUAAUACCCAUGUUGCCCCAUCUAGUCUGACAUAACCUUGUUCCAUAAUAGAGAUAUAGCAGGGUCUGCAGUCAGUCAGAAGGCAGCAGGAGAUUCAAAACACCCCCCUAAAUGAAUCUUUUUGGUAACCUGUAAAUGAAUUUUGUAGUGCCUGUGUAUCAUCUGACCUGCCUUUAAGCUGUCAUGGACUGACUGAUGACAGAUGUAAUAUUCCAAAGCUUCUCAGCUGCAUUCAACUUCUGUUCAUUUGACCCUGUAAUUCAAUAAAUUAUUUCAACUCAAAACAUUUGUUGAAACAGAUUACAUCAAACAUUCAAUUUUGGAAGUUAAAAAAGAUUGUUGAUGAAGCAGCUUUUGCUAGUUAUUUUAAGUGACACUGACUUGGUUUUUUAGGUUACAGAAACAUUCCUGAUUAAGUACUAGGUAUUUUGUUUUCACAUUACAAAUACAAAUUACAAAAUUAGGUCAGUGUCACUUAAAAUUACUAAAGCUUAACUUAAACUUAACUAAAGUCAACUUAUCUAGUUUUACAGUGGAUAAUGUUACCUGACAUUUGAAGAUGUUAUUUCCAUACUGAACAGCAAAGAAUUAUUAUUAUUAUUAUUAUUAUUAUUAGACAUUUUUCUUUUUAUUCUUACCUCAUUAUUAACCCUUUCCUUUAAUGAAAUUCUGUUAAGAUUUGAUAUAUUUCGUUGGUGGCGGGAUUAAAAAUUGUUGAUAAUUAUGUAAAGUGAUUUUACGCGAGCUCCAUGAAGCAGAGGACUGGAUGUGCAAUGAUGGUGUCUGUCAGUCGAUCACUGGUACAUGAAUAUGCAGAUCCUUCCCCAGCCCCUCAAUACCUCUCUGCUCUGUCUCUCUAGUACACUGUAACUUUAUUGUGAAACUGUAAAGGAGCCUCAGCAAUACCCAUGGUUUUAUAUGUAUAAUAAUAAUGUUAUGAUCUCACUCAGCAUUAAAAAAAUAAACUGUAGAAGAAAUGUU